ACAGAAACGAAUCGUGCGCGCCAAUGAAUUAAACAAAGCGGAGAGAGCCAGUACAACCCGUCAAACCCAACCAAAAAACAAAUAUAUAGAGUUCACUCUAUAUACCAACUGUGAUAGCUGCCACAAGGAACAACGCCAUCAACUCCAUUAAUCCAUCGGCCAGAAUGUCUGCGUCCAAUAAAUUGCCUCAUCUGGUCAGUUCCACUUCUCGCUACAUUGCCGGACGGAAUGCCAUGCAAACGGUGUACUGGAGGGCCUCUGCUGGACCCAAUCCCCGCAUGGUGAAGACCCACAAGAACUUCGAGUUCGACCGCAAGCAGCUGGCCCCGAAAAGUGUAAGGAUGCAGAACCACAAUCACAGCUUCAUCAGCAAGUAGAGGGAGCUCUCAGUUCCGGCCCUGACAUGUUCCUAAUGUGUGGACAGACGACACACACUUCAAAAUAUUCAUAGAAUUUUAUUUUUUUCAUUAUUGUUCAUUGUGCACUUAAUGUAUUUAUUGUGUGUAGUAUUGUAAAGCGAUAAACGCAAUCGUGAGUGUAGUACUCGUAAUUGUAAACUAAGCCGAGCCGGCACGUAGCGUCUCUGGAAGUAGAGCAAAGCCCAGAAUCGCAGUGCGACGUCUCCACCAGAGGCUGGCGGCGCCGCGUGGCUACGACUAUUCAUGUACCUUGGCAUUACAAAAAUAACAAAGAUUAAAUAAAAUGCAUUAUAGCUUGUAGAUAAUAAAACCCCCCACCCCUCACCCCA